GGGUAGCGGUGGUUUGCUUGCUUGGCUGCAAGAAGUGAGCAGAGGUGGCAUAUUCUCCCAUAUAAAAGGGUGUGCAGUCCACGGUUCAUGCUCUUUCAGUCUUUCUUAUUCUUACUCUUCUUCUUUGCCUUCGCUGCGGGAUAUUCUAAUUCAGCUCCAUCAAGCGAUCAAACACAAGAACUCUUCUUCUUGCUCUCUUGGCCUCACUCUUCUCACCAAUGGCCGCUUCCAAUGCUCGCGGCUCCACCAACUCCUUCGGUCACACUGAGAUUAACUGGGACAAGCUAGAUAAAACGAAGUUCUAUGUUGUUGGUGCUGGCCUCUUUACGGGUGUUACGGUGGCUCUCUACCCGGUUUCUGUUGUGAAAACUAGGAUGCAGGUUGCUUCAAGGGAUACUGUGGAGAGGAAUGCAUUUUCUGUAGUGAAAGGGCUACUUAAAAUUGAUUGCAUUCUUGGUUUGUAUAAAGGGUUCGGCACAGUUAUCACCGGAACAAUUCCUGCCAGGAUCAUAUUUCUCACUACAUUAGAAACCACGAAGGUGGCUGCCUUCAAGAUGCUUGAGCCCCUUACACUGUCUGAGACUACCCAAGCUGCUAUAGCGAAUGGGGUUGCGGGCAUGACAUCAUCGCUUUUGUCACAAGCUGUGUUUGUACCAAUUGAUGUGAUUAGCCAAAAGUUGAUGGUGCAAGGAUACUCAGGGCAUACCCGAUAUAGUGGGGGUCUAGAUGUUGUUCGUAAGGUGUUAAGGGCUGAUGGCAUCAGGGGAUUAUAUAGAGGGUUUGGUCUAUCUGUUAUGACUUAUUCGCCAUCCAGCGCUGUAUGGUGGGCAAGUUAUGGUUCAAGCCAACGGUUCAUAUGGAGAGCCUUGGGACAUAGUGCUGAACAUGAGGAAGGCACUCCUAGUGUGCCGAAGAUUGUAUUAGUUCAGGCUACUGGAGGGAUCAUUGCUGGUGCAACUGCAUCCUGCAUUACAACCCCAUUGGAUACCAUAAAGACACGGUUACAGGUUAUGGGACAUGAAAAGACCACCUCUGUAAAACAAGUUGUGAGAGACUUAAUCAGUGAGGAUGGUUGGAAAGGUCUAUAUAGAGGCUUGGGCCCAAGAUUUUUCAGCAUGUCAGCAUGGGGUACUUCAAUGAUAUUAGCUUAUGAAUAUUUGAAGCGUUUAUGUGCAAAAGAUGAAUAGAAGCAAUUGGUCUGCAAGCUGUUCCCAUUAGUUAGCCAAGACCUGGUUCCCAAAUCUACUUGGUAUUUGACAAACAACACCAUGAACAUUGGAAUUGCUGGCUGAUAGUUUUACUAACUCAUUAUUCAAGAAAAAAAUGUUAGAUUCAUAGAUAUAAAAAAUUUUCCCAAUAGAAAACUGCUAGUUCCAUUCUUUCCCAUAGUUAAAUGGGAUUACAUGUAUUCUUUUGCUUAGCAUUGUUAUGGAUAGUGUACAUUUUGCAAUAAAAAAUUACAAUGAGAUUUUGAGAUA